AUGAAGAUGCAGAAAGUUCAAGUGAUUUGCCCAAGAUUGUGCAAAGUCUCCGUGGCAGAACGGGACCUCGUCCGCCUGGGGCUGCGGCUCUGCUCGCUGCUGGAGGCUGCCGGGGAGCCUUCCGGCUCCUCCGUUGCUGGAGCCACGGAGCCCGUGUCUCCGCACAGCAGCUGGCCUUUCACAGGCUCAGGCGCGAUUUGGCUCACGCUCGCCACCCCCAGCCCCUGCGGGAUGAACUCCUGUGAGAUCAACCCGCACAGGCCAAGGGACCCCGUGCUGCCACCAGCCGCUUGGCCUGGCUUUCCCGCCUGGAAGGAGGCCGGUUUGGCGGGCGUGACAGGGACUCGGCUGGGCUGGCAGUGCCUGGCCUUGGGCUUACGCUUGGCUUUUGCCCACAGCAUUGCUGCCUUCAGAGAGGCCACGCAGCUGCCCAACUUGCUGCCGCCCAUCUACCUGGAUGCCUCGCAGAGCUGGGAGACGUGGGGAGGCAUCCAGCCCGGCACUCUGGACAUCGUCGUCAACAUCAACAUGAUGCACAUCUCAGAGAUAGAGUGCACAGAGGGCCUCUUCAAGGGAGCAGGGGUGUUGCUGAAGCCCGGGGGUGUGUUGUUCACCUGUGGUCCGUAUGCCAUCGGCGGGCGGAUCAGUCCCCAGAGCAACAUCGACUUCGACUGCAGCCUGAGGCAGAGGAAUCCGGCCUGGGGCCUUCGGGACACAGAUCUUCUGCAGCAGCUGGCUGAAGCCAAUGGAAUGUGUCUGGAGAGGAUGGUGGACAUGCCUGCUAACAACAAGUGUCUUAUCUUCCGCAAGCAGUAA